UCAGUUCGUUGCAUGCUGUUAAGCUUAAUCGCGGCCAUUGAUUCUUGCGUUACGGUUCAAAUUCGAUUCAUAAUAAAAUAACGUUACCUCUGAGUCCUCUGACACAUUGGAUGGUAGUUGAUUACUCUCUGAUCGUUCUCCAGCAACGAGAUUAAAGUAUUUUAGUGUAAUAUAGUACAGAUUUUUUUGUGUAUUGAUAUGUGUGUUUGCGAUUUACUGUGCGGGUUUUCCACACGCGAGUUAGAAACGUGUAGUUUAAAAGUGUGGACAAGGUCAUUGUGCAGGUUUUACUUUUGCAUUCUUCAAUAGGAGUCUGAUUUUUGGGGAUUACAAUCGAUUGAAGAUUGGCUAUUUGCGACAGUGAUUGAUAAUUUCGAUAAAAUUAAGACAGUGUGUUGAAUGAACCGUUAUUUUGCAUUGCCACUGGAAUUUCCACCUCAAACAAAAUUCUCGUAUAAUAUCUUGUGGGAAAACCUAAUAAACAUAUCAGCAAUAAGAAUGACCAUCGUAAAUAAAAUUGUGUAGUCUGUUCGAAGUGUUUGGCUUUUGUUCGGGUUAUCAUUUUAUUAAAGGAAACGUGAUUACUGCAUUAACUUUAUAUAAAUAGUGCAGAAAACUUACUCAAUGUUAAUUGCACAAAUUUUAUGCUUUUAAAAUGUAUGGUGCUUUCCGGUUUUUCAUCAAAAUUAUUGGUUUGUCUAUUUUAGUAAGUGAUUCUAGUUGUACCUACUGGGUUUCCACCAACUAUAGCAGAGUAUCCCGUCAAGCUCGCCCCACAAGCUGUACUCUUCCACCACAUCCAAAAUUUGGUCGAUGGACUAUUUACGAGGUAUCAUCUCAACAAUCCCCGGGAGAAUUGGUACCGUCGCGAACUGUUUUAGAAGUGAGUUGCUAUAAAAAUUAUAAACUCGAUUCAUACGAAACUGUCACCUGCGUUGGUGGACAAUGGAAACCUGAAAUUGGGAAUUGUUUACGCACGUGUCCCACGAUCAACAGUACUUCUAUUAUGACGGUGACUUGCACCCUCAACGAGCAAACGUUAAAAUCUUGUGCUGACGCUUUUGACGGGACAGUCGCGAGGUUUCAGUGUGCGCGCUAUUUCGAGAAUCAGGGCCAGGAAAAAGAUCCGUUUCGCUUAUGCUCGAACGGAAGAUGGGUUGGUAGCUUACCAACUUGUGUUCCACGAUGUGGUCAACCAUUGCUCAGAAAAGAACCCACACUAAUUGUUGGUGCAAAUGAAACACAAAAACGAGAAUAUCCUUGGCAGGUCGCAUUAUAUAAUGCGUUUGAUAAAGAAUUACUUUGCGGUGGAACUUUACUAAAUCAAAGAGUUAUCUUAACAGCGGCACACUGUAUAACAAAUGCCAGUGGCAAGCUGCUACCAAAGGAAGACUACAUGGUUGCCGUCGGUAAAUACUUUCGCCAAUACGAUCAUCCCGAUGACGCUGAAGAUGCACAGUUUUCCUCUGUGCACGAAAUGUAUAUUCCUCGACAGUACAAGGCUCACAUUCAGCAUUAUUUUGGCGAUGUUGGUAUUAUCGUCACGACGAAAAUUUUUGACAUUUCUGCUAGUGUUCAACCUAUAUGUAUCAUGUGGGAGUCAAAGCGCCAUCCGGCGUUGGCAGAUCCCAGCAGACAGAAAUACGCUUACGUCAGCGGCUGGGGUUAUACUACAGAGUACAGAAAUCUUUCCGACGUUCUUAGAUAUAUAAAAGUUCCGCUUAUCACCGACGAUGAUUGUAAUCGGGACUUAACCCAAGAUCUGAUCGAAUAUCUGACUGAUGAUAAGUUGUGUGCAGGCUUUUUAAAUUCUAGUAUAUCUGUAUGUAAAGGUGACAGCGGUGGAGGUCUGGUUGCCAAAUACAACAAACGUUACUAUAUUAUCGGAAUCGUCAGUAUUUCACCACAAGGAGAGUCGGCAAAUGGUGGCUGUAACAGUCAAACAUACACUCUCUACACCAGAUUUUCAUACUACAUUGAAAGCUUCAUCCUGGAAAAGGAAGCUCGAUUUAGGCCUCGUCUGGAUUGUCGCGAUCCUCUUAAUUGUGACGAUGAUAUCCAACCAGAUACGCCAUCUCCACCAACAGAAUCAACAACCGAACCUGUCGCAGAACCAUCUGGGAGACGCUGCACUUUACCCAAUCAUCCCGAAUCUGGAAAGUGGAGUACUCUUGGAACAAAUGCUUAUAAACCUGGAGCGUCAGUACCAUCGGCAACCAUUUUAAAACUUGAAUGUAACCAACAUUUUAAGGCGGACGGUCAAAAUUUAAUAUUUUGUGACAACGAUAAGUGGACACCAAAACCUGGUCGAUGCUUGAAAACUUGUCCAUCGAGAGUAAGUACUCCAACUGUGCAAGUUACAUGCGUCUACAGAGACAAAGAAGUUGAAAAUUGUACUGAACCACUUGAAGGUACUAUUGCUAAAAUUCGGUGUGCUCCGUUUUACGAAGAUUUACAACUGAAGAGAAGACCCGUACAUAUUUGUAACGAUGGUACGUGGGAUCAGCCAUUACCUCAGUGUGAACCCGUUUGUGGCCAAAAAACUAUCGAAGCCACCCCGUUAAUUGUAGGUGGAAAUAAUGUGACUAAAGGGGAUUACCCGUGGCAUGUAGCUUUAUACACCAAAAAUAAUAAGGUGCUUAUAUGUGGUGGAUCACUAAUAAGUCAAAGAAUCGUGGUCACAGCCGCCCAUUGCAUCGCAAAUGAACGCGGAAACGUGCUUGAUAAGGAAAACUAUGUUAUAGCUGUUGGAAAAUACUACAAUGACUUUGACGACCCCCGAGACCGCUACGAAGCACAAUUUUCAGAGUUGGAAGACAUGUUUGUGGCCGAAACUUAUAAAGGCGAAAUUCAGAACUACUUGGGUGAUUUGGCUAUAUUAGUAUCCAAAAAACCCUUUACACUUUCACGAAGAGUUCAGCCUGUGUGCCUUGACGUAGGUCAGAACCAUGUUUUAGCUACAAACGAAAUGGGCUACGUGACUGGAUGGGGUUUCACUCUUGCAAAUUCAACUAUUUCAGAGGUUUUGAAAGAAUUGAAAGUUCCUUCGGUUUCUACAUCAGAAUGUCUAAAGAAUUUCCCAGAAGACUUCGAAGCUUAUGUAACAUUUGACAAAAUGUGUGCCGGACAUUUUGAAAAGGGAGAGUCAAUAUGCAGAGGUGAUACUGGUGGAGGGUUAGUAUUUAAACAUGAAGGUAGAUAUUAUCUUACUGGAGUCGCUAGUUUAAGUCCUAUUUCACCCACUGUGGCAGGAGGCUGUGAUACUCAAACCUAUGCUCUUUACACUAAAGUUUCGACUUAUAUGAAUUUUAUUUUGGCAAAUUUAGCCAAGUACAAACGCUGAGUUCUACUUCUUACUUUAAUAAAGAUCUGAAAACUCUCAUAUCAGGCAUACGUUUGAUAAUAAUUUAAAAAUUAAUAUUUCAUAAGACUGUACUAGACGUCAUUUGCAAUUUUUUAA